CCUUAUUAAAAGAUCAGUGCUCCCAGCUACCGAGGUCAGAGGCUUGAGGCUAAGGCACAGAGCGGAUCAUGUUGAAGAUGAGCGGGUGGCAGCAGCAAAGCCAAAAUCAGAGCCGGAACCUGAGGAGAGAGUGUUCCAGAAGGAAGUGUAUCUUCAUACAUCACCACACCUGAGAGCAGAGCCUGAUCGAACUGCAGAGAUGGCAGCAGAGUCAUUGCCUUUUUCCUUCGGGACACUGUCCAGCUGGGAGCUGGAAGCCUGGUAUGAGGACCUGCAGGAGGUGCUGUCCUCAGAUGAAAAUGGGGGUACCUAUGUUUUACCCCCCGGAAACAAGGAGGAAGAAUCAAAAACUUUCACCACACUUGACCCUGCCUCUCUGGCUUGGCUGACUGAGGAGCCAGGACCAGCAGAGGUCACGAACACCUCCCAGAGCCCUCGCUCUCCGGAUUCCAGUCAGAGCUCCCUGGCUCAGGAAGAAGAAGAGGAAGACCAAGGAAGAUCCAGGAAACGGAAACAGAGUGGCCAGUCCCCAGCUGGAGCUGGAAAGCAACGCAUGAAGGAGAAAGAACAAGAGAAUGAGAGAAAAGUGGCAAAGCUUGCUGAAGAGAACGAACGGCUCAAGCAGGAAAUUGAGCGCCUGACCAGGGAAGUGGAAGCGACUCGCCGAGCUCUGAUUGACCGAAUGGUUAAUCUGCACCAAGCAUGAACAGUUGGGACCAUCACUUCCCCCUCAGGCCACUACGUACCUUUCACGGAAGUGGCUGCUGACCAUCUUCUCACCAGUGCCAAUGAUGUGACCCUCGACCCCAUCUAUUCAGUAGGGGGAAAGCUUGGGGUAGACAACAGGAAAGGGUCUCAGCAUGUAUAUAGAGAUUGUACAUUUAUUUAUUACUGUCCAUAUCCAUUAAAAUGACUUCCUAUGA